CCGCAUUCCCAAGCCCGGAGUUUGUGGGAGAGGAGGAUUUGUCGAGAGGGAGGGCCGCGAUUCGUUGCUCUUCCUUCCUCCUCCUGCUCGCCUCCGGUGUGGGGGUGCGCUGCGGUGCGGUGGGCGGAGGGGAGGUCGAGGGAUCAGGAGGGCGAAUCGAGGGGGCGGGAGGAGCUAGGAGGAGAGGCGGCGGAAAUGGCGGCGUGGACCUCCGUCGGCCUGGUGGCGGUGGCCGUGCUGGUCGUCGGCAUCGCAAUGCCGGCCUCCGCCGCCGUGCAGCCGCCCGCGCCCGCGCCCUCCAGCGACGGCACGUCGAUUGACCAGGGUAUCGCAUACGUGCUGAUGCUGGUGGCCCUUGUGCUCACCUACCUCAUCCAUCCGCUGGACGCCUCCUCCCCAUACAGGCUCUUCUAAUCUAAUCAAUAAUUCGGGUUGCACCUGUAGAGGUAGCUAGCAGCUAUGCGAUGAUGAUGAUUUAGGUGUGUGUGGGUGUGUGUGUGGUGUUCUAUUUUUGUAUGCGCGUCAGAUGAUUAUGUAUGGACUUGUUUGAUGGUGGCAUGAUUCUGCCAUCAUGUGAGUGUUUGGCUAUUUAGUUCAUGCUAAUGUGUGUAUGUACUCCA